UUAUUUGCAGUAUCUAAUAACUUCCAUUGGACUCACAGUAUCAGUGCAAAUAUAGUUACAAUGAGAUAUGAGUAAAACAAAAAAAAGAAGCAAUCUAUGAUUUUGGUGGCUGUAGUCUUUGACAAUUUGCAUGGUAUAGAGGUCUUGGAUGGCAGGGAGCUCGGCCCCAGUGAUGUACUGGGUUGUAUGCACUACCCUAUGUAGCGCCUUGCGGUCAGAUACCAAGCGGUGAUGCAGCCAGUCAAGCAAGAUGCUCUGAAGGGUGCAGCUGUAGAACUCUUUGAGGAUCUGAGGGCCCAUGCCAAAUAUUUUCAGCCUCCUGAGGGGAAAGAGGCGUUGUCGUGCCCUCUAACUGUGUUGGUGUGUGUUGGACCAUGAUAGAUCCUUAGUGAUGUGGACACCGAGGAACUUGAAGCUCUCGACCCUCUCCACUACAGCCCUGUCGAUGUGAAUGGGGGCGUGGCUUGGCCCUCCGUUUCCUGCAGUCCACGAUCAGCUCUUGUGUCUUGCUGACGUUGAGGGAGAGGUUGUUGUCCUGGCAGCACACUGCCAGGUCUCUGACCUUCCUAUAGGCUGUCUUAUCUGUGUGUGUGUGUGUGUGUGUGUGUGUGUGUGUGUGUGUGUGUGUGUGUGUGUGUGUGUGUGUAGACGUACAUGGGUUUCCUGUGUGUAGUUGGGUGUGUCUGCUCUUCUGCAUGCCUACCGAGAAACAGGAAAGCAACCCCUAUUGAUCUCAUAAUUCUAAUGUAUGAGUCAGUGAUACAGUUUGUCACAUAGACCACAAGGAAAUGUCAAACAAGUUUAAAUAGAAAACACUGACGCGGAGCACUGAGAAGAACUGGGGAGUACUAGGAAACCGAGAAUCUGACUUCAUUCAACUUGAUUUAUUUAUACAAGUUAUACUCAUCCAGCUAUAAUAUCUUUGGCAAGACCGACCUGUUUAUAAUCAAAUAUUUUGUUGAGGAAAGAAAAUGAAGACAAACAUUUCCUGUGGACACAUUAACAUGGACUUUACUCACACGUUCUUACCUACAGUGUAUAUUUCCGUGUUUAUUGUUGGCCUUGUUGGUAACUGCUGGGGACUAAAAUCCUUGUUUGCGAACUGGAAGAAAUUCGGAAAUAUCAACAUUUUUGUUCUGAACCUUGGAGUUGCAGAUAUUCUGUAUUUGCUCACUCUUCCAUUUCUGUUUGCGUACUACUCAGCAGGCAGUCACUGGGCCUUUGGACAAGUCUUCUGCAAGAUGACAAGAUUCUGCUUCAAUUUGAACUUGUAUGGCAGUAUUGGUUUCCUCACAUGUAUUAGUGUAUACAGGUACCUGAGCAUUGUCCACCCACUGAGAGUGAUGGGCAGGAUAACAAGGGGCCACUCUGUAGUCAUCACAGCUGUAGUUUGGGGUUUAGUCUGCAUUGAGAUUAUUCCUGAUAUGUUCUUUGACAAAACAUUACUCAACUCUUCUUCAGGGAAAGUCAAAUGCGUUGACACCACCUUCAACUUCUCUACCAAGGCUUACCUGGACUACAGUAUUGCGUGGACAGUAUCUGGAUUUUUCAUCCCUCUGCUCAUCAUAUUGGGUUGCUAUGGACACGUGGCUGUGGUCCUCUUUAACAACCCCAACAUUGACCAAGUGAUGAAGCAGAGAUGCCUAAAACUGGUGAUCAUUGUGACUUUACUCUUCUCAGUUUGCUACAUACCGUAUCACAUAUUCAGAAAUCUAAACCUGAAGACUAGGAUUUUGAAAAGCAAUGGCACGUGUGAGGAUUGGUUUGCUGGCAUCUACAUUGCUCACCAAGUCAGCCGAUCACUCGUGUGUCUAAACAGUGCCAUCAACCCAUUGGUUUACAUCCACAGCAAUGAAAACCUGCUCGUACAUAUCACCAGGCUUUGGGAACGAGCUCGUCGGUCUGUGCCUCUGCUAUUCAACCAUCGCAUCCAGACACAAACCCCACCGUUAUGAACUCACAUUGAAAUAGCAGUGUAGCUUUGUUUGCUUUCUUGAGAGUCGUUCUGCUUUUCUUUCAGCAAUUUCUAAUGUGUUUAUUACGGUGCAUAUUAUUGUUUGAAUAGGGAAGUUCAAAGUACAGUUCCCAGAUUUCUAUAGGUCUCUUGUGUGUUUGCUGUGUUUACUGAGCUGUACUAUAAAUAUGCUGAUAUGGAAAGUACAUUGUAUUCCUUGCAUGGUCAUCUGCAUGAAUGUACAUUCCUGGUUAUUCAUUGUAUCUAAGAGAUGUAAAUAUAUUGUAAAUAUACGGUAUAUUCAACAGAUAGAUGUAAAGAUGUUGUAAAUGUAUAAUAUUUGCCAGACAGAUGCAACUAAGCACACAGUAGGCUGUAUUGGUUUAUGAUGCCUUGUAUUAAGGAUACGAUAAGAGCCAUGUGAAAACACCAAGUGCUGUGAAUGCAUUUGCAGAAGAACAGGAAACGUUGUUUUGACAAAAGGUGUAAAUCUGCUUUCAAGAUGUAGAGUUAUCGCCACGUGAGGAUUUCCUGUGUGGUGACCUGAUGCAUACCUGACCAUAAGGUUUUAAAAAGUGGCUUCUGAAGUAUUGACGUGAAAAUGCAAAGUUUAUCAAGAAGACUUUCGCUGUUUAUUCCGCAUCAUUUGAACGUAUUCUCAUUUUAUUCAAAAUAAAAAAUUGUCACCAUUUA